AUGGCGGCCUACUCUGAUUUAAAUAUAAUAACCGAAAAUUCACCGUUGCACAUAUUGGCAAUCCAAUGCCAUCAAUGGGAAACUGAAGAUAUAUCCAUUACUACGUUCAUGAGUAGGCUGGAAACUUUACAAAAUAAUUUAAAUAUACAAGAUGGUCCGAACAGAUUACAUUUAUCCUGUACCGAUGAAAUGCAAAUGCUGACGUACUGCUCUAAUUUGCCAUGUUUACAAAGUACGAAGACUUCGGACGCUGAAUUAAAAAUUAACUUACUACUAAAUCAUAUGAUGUCUCCAUCGUCAUGGGUUAGAUGUGUUACAUGUAGCUUAUUGAGAAACCUAUGGUUAACAUUAGAUUCCUGCGGUAAACAUUUUAUUGUACAAACUACUAUCCUCUGUAAAAAUUUAAUGAUAGCACUUAAUGACAGUUUAUCCAAGAAGUCCGUAAGGUUUGACACAAGUGUAUGUAUCUGUUUGGCUUCAUUGACAAUCAUAUCCAGUUCAGCGAUUAAGAAAUUGUCAUCGUUACGAUUAUCUAGACCAUUUGUUGCUUUAUCUAUAGCCACUAUACUAGAUGUACUCAAUCACAAAUUUGAUAAAGUAAACAAUCCGUCAUCGAUAUUAAUUUAUAGGGUUGCAGCAGAUAGCCUUGAAAGAUUGAUCCAUGUUAGCAAUCUGUGGCUAGAAGCACUAAAUGUUACUCAAUGCUAUCAAUGCAUACAGUCCUAUUACGAAGCCAUUAUAACUCACUUUCAAAUUGUAGGGGAUGAUUGGACGUGCUGUAAAAUAUUAGGCAUCCUAAAUCAUGACGAUGUUUUCUCUACAUUUGCUAGUCAAAGUAGUAUCUUAAGUAAUAUAGCAACACUCUUAACUGAUGCAUUAAAGCCUUAUAAAGAUGGAGAUUUACUAGAAUUGCGUUGGGCUAUUUUACACUUCAUAAUGCGUUACGCAAAGUUACGCCUAGGAAAUCAUUUAAUGCAUUACGGAAAGCUUGACCGAGAUAACAGUUUAACCCUAAUUAAGAAUGGAUGCUGUGAAGAAUCGCAAGUAAAAAAGCUUAAGGAAUAUUUAGCUAGUCUUCCACCCAGGGAUGACGAUAGCUAA